AUGAAGUUCUUCACUGCUCUCACGUCCGCUCUGGCGUUUACCACUACGGCCAUUGCCGCGCCACUCGCCAUGAACGAAACAGAGCCGUUCGCUCUCGAGGAGCGCGGCACCCCCCUUCAAAACGUCGGCAUCACCGUCUUCCAUUCCAAAGAGGAAACGCGGCUCGGACGCUGGACCCUUCGGUUCAGGAUGAUGGGGUUCCUCCAAGCGACUGGUGCGAUGUACGACAUAUUGACGGAGCAGAUGGGUGUAAAUGCCGACACAGGGGAGCCCGUUGCGCGGGCGUCGGUCGUGGCGCAAGGAUUCUUCGCCAACCUUCGGCCCUGGUAUCAGUCGACCUUUCCCGACGUCCGGCCUAAGCUGUUUCAUUCCCUCUUCAAUGCUGGAAGCAACGUCGGCGAGGGAUGGGAAGGCACCGUCGGGGCUCAGUUCUGGCUCUGGGCGGAGGAAGAAGCUACGUACGAUAGGAUUCUGGAGGCGCUUAAGGCAUAUUUGUCCGGAAAGGGUAGCAACCCUGUUGACGUCAUCUUUUCGCGCGUUCCAGAUGCCUUCGCCGUCGGCGACCCUAAGCAGUACCUUUUGCCCCGUAGUAAGCUGAGGGCCAGGUCUGAUACCUGCUCAAGCGGCACCUCUCUCAUCAGUCAGUUUCAGAACAGAGUCCCCGAGAUUCCGACUUUCUCGGGAGCGGACUGUUAG